AUGCCACCAAAACGCAAAGGUGCUAAUUUGAGCCGUAAUACAAGUAGAUCCAGAAGCAUGCGAAAUACAAGAGCCCAAAGAACUGAAGAACAAAUCCAGCAACAAAAUACUGAUGCACGUGUGAGCAUGGCGCAAUUACGUCAAGAACAAUCAGAAGAUACACGAGCUGAACGUAAUGAAGUAAUAAGAUUAGAACAACGACAAUCACGCCGUUUCACAGUCAAUAGACGCAGAAUCAAUUACCAACAACGCCAACAGAACAAGGAAUGCCCGCAUUGUCAUGCUCUCAAAUUCAAAAAUGAGCCAGCCGGGAUGUGUUGUGCGUCAGGAAAGGUGCAAGUGUGCAACUACCUGAAAUUGAAACGCCACCUGAACCAUUCAACGGUUUACUUAUCGGCACGGAUACAGAUUCUACGUGUUCCUGAAGUCAAUUCGAACGCUCUACCAAAUUGGUCGGUACAUCAGCUCCAAUGAAGCUGCUUGGCGUAUCUUUGGUUUUCCUAUUCAUGAACGGGAUCCAGCAGUUGUUCAGUUAGCUGUCCAUCUUGAAAACGGUCAGCGUGUAUUUUUCACGAAUCAGACAGCAAUUGAUCGUGCUAUAAGUCCACCAUUAACGGACAAUUAUACGUGGCAUGUUCUCGAGUGGGUAAACCAUCCAGUUUGUUUGAGUUAGCUAAAGAUGGGCUAACAAAAAAUAUUGUUCACGCUACAGCAUUAAGAAAUUGAUAUUGUUUGUUAGUGUUACUGUCGUAAUUAACUUUUAAUGAUAUAUAUUAUUUUGAGGAAUAAAUUAUAAUAAAUUUAAAAAAUUAA